UAUAAAUAACAUGGAAUAGUGUACAAAGUUAAGGCUAAUAAAGAUGUUGUGAAGUUUAAUAUCUUCAUUAUUUAUUAUUAUUAAAGUCGAUAAUUGUGGUUGCAUUAUAAAAAUUCGCUGCUACGUUAAUUCCGAAACAUAUUGAGAAUUUUCUAAGUUUUAUCGCGAAUUAAAUAAAUUAAUCUAUAUGCAUAUGAGUGCGCGUACAUACAUAUAUAUGUAAAUAUAUAUCUAUAUAUAAAUUCUUACAAAUAAUUCACAAAUCAAAGGUGGAGAAAGGAAGGAAAACAAUAAAUAAAUAAAUAAGUGCAUGCGUGCUUAAAGUGAAAAUUUGUGAAAGCUAAAGAAAAGAAAAAAGCCAACUUAAUACUAUCUGUCUACGCGAGAGAAGUAACGGAUUUUUAUUCACAGUGCAGUAUUUUUUUUGUUAUGAAAAGAUGUCAUCAGACUGGUCAGAAUUAACAGAAGAACAAAAACAAAAACUGCAACAGUUCCGUUCGCAAGUCAAAGAUGUACUCAGGGAAACCGAUGAUGAUUACUUCUUGCUGCGCUGGUUAAAUGCUAGAAAAUGGAAUAUUGCCGCUGCUGAAAGGAUGUUGCGUGCGAGCUUGAAGACGCGUGCCAUGUGGAAUGUGGACACUCUGGAAACAUGGAAUGCGCCGAAAGCUUUACAGGAAUACGUACCCACUGGCAUGGUCGGUUUCGAUAAGGAAGGCUCCCCGGUCAUUGUUUGUCCCUUUUACAAUUUGGAUAUCUACGGUGUACUACACUGCGCGACACGAUUCGACUUUAUGCGAUAUGUUGUUCUGCUUUUGGAGAGAUAUAUGAAAGCCGGCUACGAACAAAGUAAAAUUCAUGGAUUGCGUGCACGCCAGCUGGUGGUAUUAUUUGAUAUGAAAGAUUUUACCAUUAGAGCUUACACUUGGCGACCCGCGGCAGAACUCGUUCUUUUCCUCAUUAAACAGUAUGAAAAAAAUUAUCCAGAAAUUCUAAAAAUGUGCUAUAUAAUCAAUGCACCCAAGGUAUUCUCUGUGGCGUUCAAUGUUGUUAAAAAAUUUCUCGAUGAGUAUACGAUAAGUAAAAUCAAUGUUUAUAAAUACGGUUGUGAUAACUGGAAAGAGGACAUGUUUAAGCACGUCGAUCCUGAUAUUGUACCCAAACGCUUGGGCGGCAACUGUACGGAGAAUGGCGACGACAAAUGUCCCAGCAAAGUUGUAUGGGGUGGCAAAAUUCCCCAAGAAUUGUAUUUAGAACAGCGAGACGAGAUAGAUGGCAAUAAGGAAUUCACUGAGGCAGUGGUGGCGAACGGUAACAAGUUGAAACUUGAAUUUGAAGUGGAUUCGAAAAAUUCGAACACCAAGCCGCCAGUAUUAUCUUGGAACUUUCGCACUAUUGAUUACGGCAUUAGAUUCGGUAUCUAUAGUACAGAUACAACAACAGGUGAAAGGCAUAGUGAAAUUGAUUUGGGCAACGUUCAAUCAAACGAAAUGGACGAAGUUGGCUUUAUAGCUACGCGUCCCAACACCAAAUAUACCGUAGUCUUUGAUAACACGAACAGCUAUUUGCGUAGUAAAAAGUUACGUUAUUGGGUCUCUUUGAUUCCUGAAUUAGACGAUAAGGAUAUUGAAUUUGUCUCACAAGAUAUUCAAAGUGAAGUCGUGGCUGUGAACGAAGCAAAGACAUAAAUCAACAUUUGAUACUCACAUUAUUGAUAUUAUUGUUGCAUUCAGUCAGUUAAACUAAGCGAUCCUAACGCAGUUUAUCGUAUCCUUCCUUUUGUGCUCGAAAGUUUCUUAAAUCUAAAAUGAAGGGCUCGUCUAAUUAGAUUCUUAUGCAAUUGUAUGUAUAUAUGCACCUAAUUCUCUUUUUACACGAUAGAUACGUUCCCAAAUUAUUCGUGUAAAAAAAGUUAUUGGCUAAAUGGGAAAAUAGCAAAUUAGUUCCAGCAAUUUGAAAGUACAAUAAGCAAUAUUAAAAGAAUUUUGAGAAUUUAUUCCGUGCUUAAACCCUUUAAUUCAUUAAAUAUAUUAUAAAAAAUAAAAUAUAGCUUGGAAAACCAAACUUAAUCGCGUAAAAAUACAUUAUGCAUAAUACGAGGAAUCGCACUCAUAUACGUAUAAUUGACAUAAUCUAACCGAAUUAUGAAAAAUAUAACGCGAAGUUACAAUGCAUAUAUGUGAGGUGUGAAAAUGGUAAAAUGCGUGUAAAAGAGAAUUAGAUGUAUACAUAUGCAUGUAUUUAUAUAUGUUAAGAUAUAUAUGUUAAGUUUUUAUAUACGGUUUUGAGAUUCUGUUUAGUUACCAAAAUAGUCGCACAAGCAUGUUUAAGUUACAUAGAUUUUGUAAAUUUUAAUGGUUUUAUAUAAUUAUGGAAUCAAUGAAGCACUUACAGUGGCACACUAACAAUUUUUUUAAUAGUUUUUAUCCCUGGAUCUAUUUAAAUAUAGAUUAGUGUUUUUUUUUUUUUUUUCUUUCUUUUUUUCUCCUUUUUUUGAGACAUAGAGUUAUAAUGAACUGAUUCAAAGAGAUAUAUGGUUUAUACGUCCAGACUAUACAUAAUUUAUACAAUAUCGGUAUUUAUAUGCGGUAAGUAGAGUAGGUAGUAGUAGUAGUAGUAGUAGUAGUAGUAGUAGUAGUAGUAGUAGUAGUAGCAGUGGGCCACGACUAAAUAUCUUACCCCACUUCGCUUAAUAUAGUUUUCAAAAUACAACAUUGCAUGGGAAGGGGUCCAUUCCAUAUCAUUUUCAAUCGCGAUCUUCCCUAGGUGUACCUAAUUUGGUGAGAAUAAAUCAAAAAUUGCCCCCUGUAGGUUGACCACAAGAAAACAAUACGGACAGAUGGACAGAAGGAUGGUUUAAAUCGAUUCAAAGAAGAAUUCUUAUUAGAAAAUAAUUCUGAAUAGGUCGGUGGAUCAAACUCAAGUUCUGCUUCUUUUUUUUUUUUUUGGUGCCGUAUACAUCCAUGCAAACUAAAUAUACCCUGGUAUCACAAGUGGUGUAUAAUAUAAAAAUAAAAAAGAUAAAAUACUUGAAAA